UACUUUGGGGACAGAUGAGGAAAACAGAAAACAACGGCAGGCUUGAUAAUAGGCUAAGAAUGAGAUACAGUGAAGCAGAAGUCACAGAGAAUAAUGUAAUAUAAUGAAAACUAUUUGAAAAACAUUGCGCUCCUGUUCUAGGGGCAUGGUAUAAGCUGUUGUCCCCAACAUGAUUAUUUCCACCAUCCCCCUGCAUGCCAGUUUUUGAAACGUGGAGAACUGGGGGGCAAAUGAUAACAUUGACGGAAACUGGGAAACCGAGAAGGAACACCAGUGAUAAGAAAGGGAACAGUGAAACAUUGUAAAGUGAGCCACAUCAUUGAGGAAUUUGCCUAUGAAAGAAAGAGCAAAGCCUAUGGCAGUGCAAGGGAAACAGGACAAGGGAGGGAAGUUUUCAGAACAAGGAUAUCUGAAAAUAGAAAGGAAAAAACUAGUGGGAAAAGGAACACAAUUAAAGGUGAAAAAGAGCAAUCCGUGCAGAAGGAAGAUGAAAUGAAGAUUAAUAUUAGAAUCACUACAGGUGCAAAAAAGGAGAUGCAAGGAGAAAACCUCACCAUUUGGAGCUUUUUUUUCCUGGAGGGUUUUUCUAGAUACCCAAAGUUAGAGAUUGUUCUCUUCGCCUUCAGUCUUGUGAUGUAUCUGAUAACCCUCUUGGGCAACAGCACUCUUAUUUUAGUCACUGUCCUAGAGUCACGCCUUCAAACCCCCAUGUACUUAUUCCUCGGAAAUCUCUCUUUCAUGGAUAUUUGUUACACGUCUGCUUCUAUUCCCACGUUGCUGGUGAACUUGCUGUCAUCCCAGAAAACCAUUGUCUUUUCUGGGUGUGCUGUACAGAUGUAUCUGUCCCUUGCCAUGGGCUCCACAGAGUGUGUGCUUCUGGCUGUGAUGGCGUAUGACCGCUACGUGGCCAUUUGCAACUCACUGAGAUACCCCGUCAUCAUGAACAGGCAGGUCUGUGUGCAGAUGGCCGCUGUCUCCUGGGUGACGGGUUGUCUGACUGCCCUGCUGGAAACCACUUGCGCCCUGCAGAUACCCCUCUGUGGGAAUCUCAUAGACCAUUUCACGUGUGAAAUUCUGGCUGUGCUGAAGUUAGCUUGUGCACAUUCCUUGCUCAUGGACGUGAUCAUGCUGGUGGUCAGCGUGCUCCUCCUGCCCAUCCCAAUGCUCUUAAUUUGUAUCUCUUAUUUCUUCAUCCUUUCCACUAUCCUGAGAAUCAGCUCAGCAGAAGGAAGAAACAAAGCUUUUUCUACCUGUGGUGCCCACUUGACGGUGGUGAUCUUGUACUAUGGGGCUGCCCUCUCCAUGUACCUAAAGCCUUCUUCCUCAAGCUCCCAAGAAGUAGAUAAAAUCAUUUCACUGCUUUAUGGAGUGCUCACCCCUAUGUUGAACCCCAUAAUUUACAGUUUAAGAAACAAAGAAGUCAAAGAUGCCAUGAAAAAACUAUUUUAUUGAACACAUGAAAAUCUAUGACUGGAUGCCCGCAGUUUUAUCAGGGGGGUGUGCUCCUGGCAGAGUUCCCCAUAGAAAUUCUAGACCGUACACUCACCCACAGAACACUGAUUUGACCUUGAGCCCUAUACUUUUACAGCUGUGAGGGAUGUGGAUCUCACAGU